GCGACCCACUCGACACACCUCUCAGGUAGCUGCGCAUGAGCGACCGACACGACGAGGCCGGCUGGCGUACAGGUACGGACGGUGCUGCGGCCUUCGGCCCUCCGGGAUCAACAGGAUAUUGCAGGUGAAUGGAGGGAGCAGUGUCCACACCUGUCCUGAGCAGUGUGGGAGACGUUGACUUAUGUGCUAGUCAGGCGAUUAGUUUGCCUUCUGCUGUCGUCCAGCAGGACGUGCGUGGCCGGUUGGCUGACAUGCGCAAUGGAGCUGUCACCUCAUGAACUCCGCUAAUGCGCGCGAAGGGAAGACAGUGUUUGGGAGGGUUACGGUGGUGAGUGCCGUGAAGAAGAGAACAACAGCUGGCCGCAGCUUUCUCAGUGACUGUUAGUGCAUCGGAGGUCAACACGGGCUGAGCGACACAGACAGCAUGGCCACGGUGUCGGAGGAGAAUGCAGCAGCCCGCGGCUUCCGUCGCCUGUCGGCGAUUUUCCUUCCCCCCCAGAGCAACAACAACCGCUGCCAGCGCUGCAAGGAGGUGGUGUACCAACAGGAACGCAUGGGACCCGUGCACGAUGUCAUCUUCCACAAAGUCCUGCUUCCGGUGCCUAGUGUGCGGCCAGUUCCUGACCUGAAAAACUACUGGAGCAACCAGGUGAAGGGCGACGACCCUGAGAUCUACUGCAACACGCACGUGCCGCGAAUCGGGGGUUCGGGUAUGAGCCACGAGGCGCUGGGCAUCCGACAGGCCAUGCAGGCGCAGCUGGACAUCAGCAGCGCAGCGGCCGCUAGGGUGGCCAAGAUCCGCCACCCGGAUGUGGCUCCCAGCGUGGACGGUGAAGCGAUGGCCAUCCGCAGCGCCCUGUCGGCCCAGAAGACGUCGCAGUACGGGCGGCAGCUGCACACCUCCAACAUUGACGCAGAGGCCCUGCACAUCAAGGGGGCGAUGGACGCACAGCGGCUGCAGCGGAGGUACCAGAGGAAGUUGGACAAGCAUCACUUCCCCCCGCACAUCGCCAAGAAACGGGAAGAACUGUUCGACGCCCAGAAGCGACUGGAAGCCCGCUUGCGAGAAGAAGAGGAUGAACUUUUUAAAACGUUCCACGAGGAGAGGCAGAGCGCGAAGACCGCCAUUUCUCGCGAGAUCGACCAGGAAUGGGAGCAACGCCUGCAGGAGCUGACCAACAAGUAUGUUACGGAGAAGAAGAAAAAAAUGAAGGACACUGAUCGGAAGCUGAUGACAGUUCAGUUCGAGAACGAGAAGCAAAAUCUAGAGAAGACGAUGACUCUGAAGAGAGAGAAGAUCACCAAGACGGCCACACUGCGCCUGCGCGAGAGGGAGCAGCGCGCAACGGCGGAAAUGGUCAAGAAGCAGAGCGUGGAGAUGCUGACACUCCUCGCAGCUAAGCAGGAGGAGCUGAAGAUGGAGCUGCAGAAAACUCUCGAAGUUGAGGGACCGCCUGUUUCAAGUUCCGCGAAAGUGUCAGAACACAACGGUGUGUCCCAUGCCGGGAUGUUACCGAUGGGGACACCACCCACUGUGGACGCCUCCCCAGAAGACAUGACAUGUGACCAAGAAGACCUGUUACAGGAGGCCCUGCAGGAGGUGCUGCAGAUAGCGGCGGUGGUCCGUCCUACUUCCCCUCAACCGCCAUCUUGCCGCAAGCAUGAGCUUUUCCCCAAUGCCUCCGUCUUUACGGCCAUUGACCAUCAGGUGAUAAAGGUAGCAGAGGGAGAGCAGCCGACGUACACAGACCUGAUGAGGCAACUGACAGAAAACCUUGUUAGUGAUCUCGAGAAAGUUCGCGCCAUCUAUCGCUGGAUCACGGUGAAAGACCUUAACGUAAUGGAAUUUGCAGACGACAUUGAGGCCGAGUCGCCCAUGGGGCUUUUGAGAGGCAUCAAGUUCGGCACGGAGACAUAUCAUGUGCUGUUCAUGAGGCUGUGCAGCUAUGCCGGUCUGCACUGUGUGGAGAUCAAAGGCCAUUCAAAAAGCGUGGGGUACGAGCCAGGAAUGAAGAUUACACCUGAUACCUUCCAAAACACCUGGAAUGCUGUUCUCAUUGACGGCGACUGGCGACUUAUCCAGUGCAACUGGGGGGCUCGACAUCUUGUUUUGAGUAAAGAUAAAGAGGACACCGUGAAGAACAAGGACCAUAUCCGCUACCAGUACGAUGAACACUACUUCCUCACUGACCCCGACGAAUUUAUUCAGGAGUUCUGGCCUUACGACCCCAAAUGGCAACUCCUGCAGAACCCGAUAACUUUAGAGGAGUUCGAGGCCCUUCCCUUUGUCCGCUCCAUCUUCUUCCACUACGGCAUGCGCUUCGACGGCCACAAGAUGGCGGUGGUGGACACGGACGAGAAAGGCGGUUGCAAGAUCAGCAUCAAGGUCCCGGAGGAGCACGAGAAUGACCUGGUCUUUUACUACCAACUGCGCUUCGCCGACAUGAAGGACCUAAUGUUCAAGGGUGCCAGCCUGGAGCGGUUUGUCUUCCAGACUAUGGUGGACAACACCGUUACCUUCAGCGUACACGUCCCCACAAAGGCUGACUACUUCCUGGAGAUUUUCGCCAACAAGAUCGACGAGUCCAGCCGAAUUGAAGAGAACAAUUCCAACAUGGCGCCUUUCAAGCUUAAGUGCACUUGCAAGUUCCGGAUCUCGUGCAAGACUUUGACAGGCAAGAUGCACCCCCUGCCAAAUUGCGCGGCUGGCGAGUGGGGGCCGAAGAAGGCAAUGCGGCACUUCGGCAUUGCAUCCAUAUUGUCCGAGGGUGCCGCCGGGGAGGGUGAGAAAGUGGGCAUCAUCAUGGCCGAGGACAGCUUCAAGCUGAGGUUCCAGUUGCCACGCCCUCUGCAGUUCCUGGCCAAACUGCGCAUGAACCAGGUGGAGGAGAAGGUUUUGGACCGAUUUGUCCAUCUAACCGAGGAGGAUGACGAUCAGCUGACGAUCAGUGUGACCUUGCCUCAGCAGGGUCAGUACGGGCUGGAUAUCUACGCCAAGCCCAAGACGGCAACGGAGACGAGCACACUGUCGCACGCCUGUAAGUAUUUGGUGAACUGCACGCACGUAGCCAACCACGUCGAUCUCCCCAAGAUUCAGCCCGAGGGUCUUCGCAAAAACAAGUGGGGUCCCACGCCGGUCUUCGACAACUUCGACCUCAAGCUGCUGUCGCACAAGGAGCCCAAGAUUCAGAUGGGCGGUGGUGGGGGUAACAGGUGCACGGUGGAACUGCACGUGCCGCAGAAAGUGCAGCUAUCUUUUCAGUUCCUGCGCGAGCCUGACGAGGACAACCGGGAGUACGUCACGUACGUGCGCGAUCCGGCCAAUUCCACCACCGUAAAGUACCACGUGACGCCAGCUAAGGCCGGUAAUUACAUGUUGUGUCUGUACGCUCGAUACGAGGACAGUCAGGACAGAUCGUUUACUAAUGUCUACAAUUACCUCGUACGGUACAUGUCGGACUCCGCAGACGUGACUGCUGGCCAGAAGAGGUCCUCCAGCAUCUUUGGCUUCUUCAAGAAGGAUAAGGAAAGGGCAAGGACAAGGAAAAAACGAAGGACAGAGACAAAUUUUCUGAUGUCUCGUCAGACAAGUCUUACUGAGCUUAACAUACACAACCAAACCCUUCCCCACUCCACCCGCCUACACACAUUCUUUGGAGCGUGUCACUGUGCAAGUAAUACCACAGAGGCGCACCCGAAAGCAGUUUUAACUUACACAUGCAGCAUGUAUUAUUUUAUUUUUUACAAUGACAGUCUUCAAAUUCACAACGCAACGGGUUUGUAAUUCAAGACCCGUAGUAAAGGAAUGGAGUUGUGCUGCUGGUACGGCUGAAACGGUGUUACUUCGCUGAGUUGUAGCAAGUUGCAAGUAUUAGUACAUGAAUGUCCCUCCGCCCCUCAAGAUUAAUUUGUUGCUUGUAAUGGGUGCGCAGCGACUUCUUGCCCACCCUGUCUAGACCGCUGUGGUUUAAUGAUCAUUGGAGUGCAAGCCGAACGCGUUAUGUACGUUGUGUUGAUUUUUAAUGGGAAACCGAAGAGAACGACUUUGUACUUUGCUGUGUUUUUAUAAAUUGCAAUAUGGGAAUAGCAACAAAGAUCGCGUAGUUUAUUGAGAGCCACCUGGGAUUUAAACAUUUUAUGGAACGAUUCGGCUACUUCCUUCCAAAGAUUCUUGUCGCUGGCUGCUGCUUGGUGCUUUCUGAGACUUUGUUCGCACGGAACAUUCUGGGCUACGAGCCGCACAAAGGAUCUACAACUAGAGUUAGACCUAGGUAGUUAGACCAAAGCAGUGCGGCAGACACCGGGUGCUUCAAAUACAUGUAAUGAACCCGCCAGCCAUCGAGCGGCAUACCUCCACAGUAAUUACAAAAUUUCAUUCGUAAUCAUGAUCAUACCUGACACCUUGGCGGCGACUGGAUGGACACCUCGCACCACCGAGCAGACGUCAGGUAGGAAUGCGAAGGGAGCUAAUUCAAAAGACAGCAGGGAACAAACCAAACUGAUUGAUUAUCGUCAUACUAUUAAUUAAUUACUUUCCACACGUGUGUUAAUUAAUUACUUUCCACACUCGAGUGAUAGUUACGCCAGCAGUUACUUUGACGCUGUCCAAAAAGAAUCUUCGUUUCAUUAAAAUAAAGUUGGUCGAGAGUAGAAGGGGAGGGAAUCAUGAUUACGAUAAAGGAGGACGUGCAGGUGAUGUCUCUCUGCCGCAAUAAGUGAGACUAAAUGAAUUUUCUCAAAUGUGGUCAAAAUUACCUCAGCAAUCAGGUAAUUCAUGAAAGCCAUUUCCAGUUUAAUCUUUCAAUUGUAAUAUUUUACCAAAAAUAUGCUCAAUGAAGCGUAUCUGGAAAGUUUUGCCUAUACUCAACAUUCCAUCUACCAUGCAACUAAUUCAUUCACAGGUUAAACGUCUUUCUGCAUUCCAGGCCAUAAUCUCUUGGAAUUCAUCGUUAAAAGAAACUUCCAAUUAAUACUUUACCUAACUAUGACUGCAUCUAAGACAAAGCUUUCAUUAUAUCCUCCAUUUCAUAAAUGAUCUACAUCUAAGAAAAAAAAAUGGCAUCGGUAUCUUCAAAAAUAAACUGCUCUAUAGCAGUCAUUUCAAAAUAUGGAUUCUGUUUAUGAAGAUGAUUUUGUUCACAACUUAAAAUAUUCUUCAAGCACAGCCUAUUAAAAAGAUAUAUUACAUUCAAAUAAAUUACCAUUCUUCAGCUUGACAUUUUCUCAUGACAGUGGCAAUCUAGUAGCGGCGUACUUUUAAAAGGCUGUAUUUUGCUGUUAAAAUAAUCAACAUUUUGUAAUUGCAUUUUGAAUAUUUUGACUUAAUGUACAGAUGUUUAUCAAAAUAUGGCAGGUUUUUUGUUUUGUUUUAUAUCUGCCUUAAAAGCAAUGCUUCCGUUCCAGUUGCAGAACAGCCAGUAAAAGCUUGGAGCAUGACAAUUGUGCUAUCUUUAAAUCAUCAUCAUGGUCACCUGAAUAUUGUGUAUUUGUCCAAUACCAGUGAUUUUAUUAAAAUUUUAUGUUGAGAGAUG